AUCCAAUCCGAUGGAAUUCAUACACUGCCGCUGGCUGCUGACUGGCUGGUUUGUCUCCCCACUCACAGGCACACAGAGACACUCAGCUGUGUACAGCUAGAGCCAGAGAGACACUGAGGGCAGCCACAAAGCAGGAAAAUGAGCAACUCAGGGUUUGAAAACAAGGAUGGACAAGAGCCUUUAAGAUAUAUCAGUAAACAGGAAGCAGAAGCCUUAGAAACAGAAUUACUGGAAGACUACCGUUUUGGGAAACAGCAGUUUAUCGAAAUACUGGGGCACAGCUGUGCAAUGGCUGUAACAAAGGUGUACCCACUGAAAACCCUUCCUAAGAAGCAACCAACGGUUUUGAUUAUCUGUGGUUCAGAGGAGAAUGGUGCUAUUGGCCUUGUCUGUGCCCGGAAUCUUCGUACUUAUGACUAUGAACCUACAAUCUUCUACCCCAAGAAAUCACUUGAUAAUAUGUACAAAGACUUUACAAUUCAGUGUGAGAAGAUGGAUAUCCCCUUUUUAUCCUACCUUCCGACAGAAGUGCAGUUAAUUAAUGAUGCCUAUAAUCUAGUGGUGGACGCAGUGCUGGGCAUUGAGGCAAAUAGCGAAGAAGGUAAUAAAGAGCCAUGGGUCACUAUUUUGGGAAUAAUGAAGCAGAUAAAGAUACCCAUUAUCAGUCUGGAUAUUCCAUCAGGCUGGGAAGUGGACGCUGGAAAUACUGAAGGCAUCGAUCCUGAGGUUCUCAUUUCCCUUUCUGCACCCAAGAGAUGUGCCAUCCAAUUUUCUGGGAAACAUCACUUUGUGGCAGGGAGGUUCCUGCCCUAUGAUAUACAGAAGAAAUUUGAAUUGAACAUACCAAAGUAUUCUGAGACAGACUGUGUGGUGGAGAUUUAGAAUGAAAAAUCCGUUUUUAAAUCUGUCAAUAAAUGUGUACAUUUUCUGUA